CUCAGAAUCUCUACGGAGAAAUUUAGGACUAAUAAAGCCAUUCAGUAUAAAUAAAAUUCUGUUGAUACAGUACAUCGAAUCCAAAAAAUUCUUAGCAUGUGUAUUUCCUCUCAUGCCAAGGUAUUGGACCUAGACGAGUUACCCCGGGAGUUUACGAACUACCAAAACUACUAUGCCCUGGAUGACACGAUGACAAGGCAUCUACUUGAUUUCUGCAAGCUAAUGUCCCCUGAUAUCUUGGAAGGGAAAUGUAUUUUCCAAGUUAACGAUCUUGAUGGGUCUUCGAAUGAGUUUGUAGAGCUGUCUUCCGCCAAAACAACAAUGGUGGCCACUUCCAGUAUUAUGAUGGCAGGCAGGAAUAUUCAAGUCGCGAAAAUCAUGCUGUACAAGCCAAUAUGGCGACGAAAUAAUUAUGAUCAGCCAAUGGCAGAGUUGGCUCUUAGCCUUGCUCCUCGACCAGCGCUCACCUCGGGUCGUAACACCAGAAGACGCAGCAGCAGUUGUGUUUUGCUGUAAACUCCAAACAUUUCAUGUGCUGGGAAAUUGAUGGGUGAAUGGAUGUGAACGUUUUGAACAGCAAGCCAGAACGUAGUUUAUAUACCGUUACAUUUAUAGAUUUUUGACCAAUUAAUUUUAUAAAAUAUGAUUAUAGUAAGUUUAUACACCGUUUAGACUUUAUAUAUACUCAUAUUUUGUAUCGAUCAUUGAUUUUUGAUUAAGAAAUUGUGUAAAACCGUAUUAAAUAUAUAGCUGCACGUCAGUUUAACUACGAUUUAACGACCAUUUGGCCAAUGACAUUUUUGGUGACUUUUAUUUUAUGUCAGACUGUUUAUAUAAGACUGCUAAAAACAUACAGAUCGUUCCGAUAUAGGGAUGGGGAGAGAACUCAAGAUAUGACUUCCAUUUUAAUUAAGAGAGCCGGAUUAUAAUUAUCACUUCGCCUCGGGAAACAUCGACGGUCUCGGGUCCACAAAACACACUGUUUCCCUCGGUCUCAGUAAAUAAGUGAUAAUUAUUAUAUAUCAAUAGUCAAAGAAACAACAAAUUAAAGAACAAAUGAACGUAAAUACAUGAACUAUUUUAUCGUUAAAACGUUAAAUUAAACACUGGCUACACUGCAGUUACUUAAAGCGAAAGUUUUAAUUACGUACUAGGCAUGUCCAAGGCUAUUAGUAAAACACGGAGCACGGAGCACGGAGCACACGGAGCACGGAGCACACGGAGUACGGAGCACACGGAGCACGGAGCACACGGAGCACGGAGC